CGAAACAUAUUUCAGAAGUAGGACAAAGGUUGUGGUCACUGUUGUGUAUACCUACGAAGUCUGUGCUUGUACUGUAAUUAUGCUGCUCAACAAGUUGGUCCGAGCCAGUGUGCGGUCUGGACUCCGGCUACAGGGUACCAGUGCUGCUGCAGCCAGUCUUCAAGCUACUGGUGGCCACUCUGCGUCUCCUGGUUUCUCAUUUGGUAAAGUUGUCGAGCAGCAGAAGGAGUUCCAGCAGCUGGCAAGGAAAUUUGCACGAGAAGAGAUUGUUCCGGCUGCAGCUGAAUAUGACAAAACUGGUGAAUAUCCUUUCCCCAUCAUCAAGAAGGCAUGGGAGCUUGGUCUGGUCAACAGUCACAUUCCAGAGGACUGCGGAGGAAUGGGCUUGUCCAUCUUUGAAGCCUGCCUCAUCACAGAAGAGUUGGCUUAUGGGUGCACAGGAAUACAGACUGCCAUUGAAGCAAACUCUUUGGGACAAAUGCCUGUUAUUAUUGCUGGUAAUGAUGCACAGAGGAAGAAAUACCUGGGGAGGAUGGUCGAGGAGCCUCUAAUGUGUGCAUAUUGUGUCACAGAACCUGGAGCUGGUUCCGAUGUGGCUGGCAUUAAGACCCGAGCUGUAAAGAUGGGAGACGAGUAUGUUGUUAACGGUCAGAAAAUGUGGAUCACCAACGGUGGGAAAGCUAACUGGUACUUCCUUUUGGCCCGCACUAAUCCAGAUCCUAAGUGUCCUGCCAGCAAGGCUUUCACUGGUUUCAUUGUGGAUGCUGACACUCCAGGACUUCAACCAGGAAGGAAGGAGAUGAACAUGGGCCAGAGGUGCUCUGAUACCAGAGGCAUCAUUGAAGAUGUGAGGAUACCGAAGGAGAAUGUCCUGAUUGGAGAGGGAGCUGGAUUUAAGAUUGAUGGUGCCUUUGACAAGACAAGACCACCAGUGGCAGCUGGAGCGACAGGUCUGGCACAGAGAGCACUCGAUGAAGCAACCAAUUACGCUCUGGAGAGGAAGACCUUUGGCAAAGUCAUUGCUGAGCACCAGGCCGUGUCCUUCAUUUUGGCUGAAAUGGCGAUUAAGGUGGAGCUGGCCAGGAUGGCGUACCAGCGCUCCGCCUGGGAGGUGGAUCAGGGUCGCAGAAAUACAUACUUCGCUUCUAUUGCCAAGGCUUUUGCUGGAGACAUCGCCAACCAGGUGGCCUCUGACGCCGUUCAGAUCUUUGGAGGAAACGGCUUUAACAGCGACUAUCCAGUAGAGAAGCUGAUGAGAGAUGCCAAGAUUUACCAGAUUUACGAAGGCACAGCUCAAAUCCAGAGACUCAUUGUUGCCCGUGAACACCUUGGAAAAUUCAAGAAAUGAAUUCUGCAAACAGGAAGAACUGUUUGAUUGUAAUGUACUUGGUUUUUAACUGUUGAUUUAUUCAUAUAUCCUGCAAUCUGUUCACUUAAACUCAGAAUACAGGUGCAAAAUGGUGUGUGCCUUAACACUUGUUUUGCCUGGUCGCUGGACUAAUCCAGACCCAAAACUUACAGCCAGUGAUGCAUUUAUAAAGAGAUGAUUUCAACUGUUUUUCGAACAGGCCUUAAAAUACAGCUCAUAUUGCUCAGUUAGUUGUCAUGUCAUCCUCAAACUUGGUACAAUUUUCACCAGGUUAUCUGUUAUGAAAUAAAAGCUGAGGUAAAACCCACAGCAGCCGCAGAAGUGUAUGACCGUAAAAGAAAAAGCAGAGAUUAUUGUGAAAAGGCUGCUUUGGCGUCUCAGACUAAACAUGGAUUUAAAUGUCUCAUGUCAAAAUGGCAUAACAUAUUCCAAGGACUAUGGACAAAACUGAAACUAAACGAAGAAGCGCACUAAUAGCAGCAUGUUGUAGAGCAGCGCUGACCUUGAAGCUAAGUCCUGACGUGACCUUUGUAAAAAUAUCUCCUGACACUGUUAAUGCUUUUAGACCUCUUGUAUAUGAUGCAGCAUAAGAUUAAAACAUUUUGAUGUA